GCUCAAAAAGAGACGUUCGAGUGUGUAAUCCCAUCUUCUUUUUAAUUCUUCAAGGAUACCGACGUUGAACCCUUGUUGUGGCGUUGAUGUAAUUGUCUACGAUAGUUAGUUAUAUAUAACGGAGUGCGGAGAUCUAUCUUCCGGAGAUGCAAGGUCGACCACCAUGUUACUCUACAAGGCCACCCACAGAAACUCCGUACGAGUAGUAUAAUCCUCACUACAGAUAUACCGAGGUCAUCACGCUACAGACAAUGUCCUCAUCGACAACUCAGCAAUGGCAUCGCCAUCACUAUCAUCUACCGGACCCUCACCGCAUCUCAGUGGGGCCAACCCCGCCUGAUCAAUCCAGCCAAGACCACCCCUACAACUUCAUCGAUCUCCCCCAGAUCACCGACAGAGACAAGUAAAACCCGCAAGAAACGAUGUGGAAGCCAAACCGAACCCCCGUCCGUACAGAGGACGCGCCAUUGCCUCCAUCCUUCCUCUCCCAGGCCAUCGUGGCCGGUGAGCAGGUCUACUGCUCGGGACAAGUCGGUGUGAGUCCCAGCACGGGAAAGAUGGUCGAAGGACCCAUCCAGGAACGAACGAAACAAAUCCUCCGUAACCUAAGCGCCGUCCUCACCGCAGGUGGCUCGAGCCUUCAGGACGUGGUGAAGGUGAAUAUCUUCCUGGCCGAUAUGGGAGAUUUUGCGGCCGUGAACGAGGUCUACGAGAGCUUUUUCCAGGAUCCCAAGCCGGCUCGGACGUGUGUGGCGGUUAAGACGUUGCCAUUGGGGACGGAUGUUGAGAUUGAAUGUACGGGCCUGGUGACGCAGAGAAGAGCCCAGGGGGGUUCUCGUCUGUAAGAGAAUCGCAUUGUGGGAUAACAAACUCUGGAGCUUAGAGUUCAUCUGAUGAGGGUCUGUGGUGGGCGAUCAAGUUCUUCGUCGGCUC